GCUUCCUCUCCCUUGCAGGGAGCCACAGUGUGGCCUUUCUCCGCUGCCUCCAGGCGGGCAUCCAAGGACCAGAGGGCUAUCACGUCGCCAUCGCGAAGUCGGACCCAGCAUGGCGAGCGAUCGAGCAAGGAUGGUGCUGGAUCGUGCUGGCAGCAUCCAUUGAAGAAGCCAUGCCACAACUUCCCAACUUUAUUCAGCAUGCUGCCAACUCGUCCAACUCAAUAUCCAAAGCCAUCAACGAGUUGGAGGUUGCCCUCCAUGUGGCCACUGCAUUUGAGAAGGGCUUGAGCCUUCCAGAUGCCAUCCAGCAGGCCAGCCAGGGCGACGUGAGAUGCCGUGCCAGUGUCCCCGCCAUCGCCAAAUUCGUCCAGAACUUCGGCGGCGGCAGCCAGGGGUUUCCACUCCUCCAUUUCCUUGCCAAUUUUGGGAAGCAGUUUAAUGCCACACUUCUGGUGGGAACCGAGCUGAUGUCCACCCUGGUGUCGCUAGAUUUCAAGCAAGCGACGUGCAUCUUUCCCAUGCUUCGUGUGGCGGCAUGGGCUACCAUGUUGACCAGCCCAAAAUCCCAAGACGGGUUCAGCCGCAUCCUAUCCACCAACGAUCUCCAAAAACUGAAGGCACCAGGCAUGCUCGACCAAGUUACCCAAGCCGAAAACAUGCUCCAAGAGGCUUGGAAGGUCCAACAGGAUCUUCUUGUGGAGCAGACCCACCAUGCGUCCCACUUAACCAAAUGCUUUGGUCGAUUUGCAGUCAGAGUUUGUUUGUUCCUCACGAACAAACGAAGGGCAGGCCGGGAAACCAAGCACUGGCAAUCUCUCCAAGCCAUCUUGACUGCCUACACCAAGGAGAUCCAAGACAGCUCGGCUGGCGAUGCCAUUGCGGACCACAGCAUGACUCCAAACAUGCAGGUGACGGAUGUCUUGGCGGCCAGCAACAAGACCAUUGCCAUGCUCCAAAACAACCACAUGGAACUGGGCAAGUUGUACACCGCCAAGGACCACGGUGCCAAGGUGUUCAAGCUGACGGAUGUCACGGACGACCAUGCCACCAUGACUCACAAGCCACUCUUCCAAGAUGAGGAAGAAGUCCAUGUGCCAUUGCAGAAGCUGCCAAUGUGGAAGGCCACCAAGGCCAUGAUGCCGAUGUUGUGCCCCCAGGAUCUUGCCAGGGAAGGAAUGACGGCGAAGCUUCUGUUGGAGGAGCGGGCCAGGUCGGAGGUCCAGCUGGCUCUCCACAGAGCGGCGGAAAAGCACCAUGUGGAUGCCCAGACCAUCGCUUUCGGCCAGAACCCGCAGGGGUUGUUUGCCAUCAAGACAAUUCGCAAAACCAUUCGUUUGGUUCCACUGGGCACGGUGAACAAAGCCAAGUCGACCGCCAAGGAAACGAAGCUCCUCAUCCAGCACGGCGGCCACAGCUGGACCAUUGGGCCGUUCCGCCAGAAUGCGCAGUUCGAAGCAGACAGUGCGUUUUGCUUGAUUCCAUAUUUCUGGUGCAAGCCCACGAGCGAGACCUCCGAGGUCACCAUGGUUCACUCCACGGUCGUCGAGUCUGGGAUUACCAUCCCAUGCUUGGAGAAUCCUGCUCCGCUGGAACAGCACCAGCCGCUUUUGUUCCUGGCGGCCCAUGCCGAAGCUUCCGAAGCAGACCACAGCGAGCCAGAGCCAUCAGAGGCCGAGCCUAAAGCCAAAGCCAAGGCCAAGGCCAAGGCCAAAGAGCAGUCUGAGCCUCCUUCCAAGAGGGCCAAGAAGUGA